AUGUCUGAAAUAUUAGAUGAUGAAUAAUCAUACCUAAAGAGGUGGUAUAAGUUUGCUAAAAUUCAUAAAACUAUUCCACCUAUAAAAAAGGAUUCACAUCUUGAGUCUCUCUGUUACAAAAUCAAAAUUAGAGAUGUAUAUAACAUUCAACCCAAAAAAGAUGUUUAACAAUCAAUAAGAAUACUAUUAAAUUUGUAUAAUUCAAGCAUCAAGGAAUUUUUUGGUAGAACAUAUGAAUCUCCAUUUUUGGAAUUGAACUAUUCUUAAGUAAAUUAAUAAAUGGAACAUCCUGAGGUUGUCUGUUAUUUUCAUUUGAGAUAAAUUGAAUCGAUUUAAAUUGCAGCAGAAAUUGUCUUAUUUGGUAAUAAUAAUCUAAACAUUUAGAGAAAAAAGAUCAAGUUAUAUAAAAUAGAUAAAUUAUUGGUUGGUGUUUGGGUGAUAUUGGUUAAGAAUUAAAAUAUACUUUAAAAAGGGGUUCAUCAAGAUUUUUGAUUAGCAAUCAAACUAAUUUAGAAACUGUUGGAUAGACAUUAUGGAUGGAAAUAAUUGAGAACAAGGAAUUUACUUAGAUAAAAAAUUUGAUUCCAGAAGGAUGUCUUUGUGGAUAUGGAGAUGAAUUAUUAGGAGUACAUGGAUAUCAAAUAAUACAAUAAUUGUCACUUAUGUAAGAAUAAAUAGCAUAUGUAACAUCUCUAGAAAUAUUGGUUCCAUCAUCAGUUGAUCUUUUGAUAUCAGAGUAUCUAAAGAAGUAUAAGGAAGUUAAAUACAAAGAUGAUGGACCAAAUGAUGUACAUUUUUUGGCUAAGAGAUUGGUAUUCACAUUUCAUAAUGGAUGGAAUUAUACAAAUACAAGAGGAUUAAAUAAUUUUAUUACAUUGGAAGAAUCCUCUUUUUAAAAAAGUAUUGAUAAUUAGAAAGUUGAUUAUAAGAAAUUAACUUUUAAGGGUGCUUUAGAUGUAAAUGGGAUUUAUUAGGAACCAAAAUUAGGAGUCUUUAUCAUACAAUUAGAAUAUGAUGUUGAAUUUAUGGUUACUAAUCUUGGUAAAUAAAGAACAACAGUAUUGUGUGGUUGGUUACCUUUAGUACCUAAGUCUGUUUUUGAAGAAGAAUUUAUAGUUGGGCCAGGAAGAUCUCUUAGUAAUUAAGUAUUAGUUGAUUUGAGUGAUAUUAAAUAUCCAAUAACAAUUUCAGGAAAGAUAAAUUUUGGAUCUAUUCAAACUUAAAAUCUACCUGGUCCCAUUAUAAAUUAAUAAGUAUUUUAACCUAUGGAUGCUCCUAGUUUAGCGAAAUUACCUGAAUAAUAAGGGGGAUAAUAAUUAGGAAUGGAUGAUGAUUAAAGAAAAAUAAAACAGUUAGAGAAUACUUUGAAAUGUAUAAAUUAAUUAUUAAAUAAUCAUAGAAUUAUAAUAAGAUAGAUAAGUUAGUGCAACUAAUUUGGCAAUGGAUUUUGAAAAUAAACUUAAAAUUGAUAAAUAAAGAGAAUAAGAAUAUUAAAAGAUGGUGGAAACAAUUAAAAAAUAACAUGAAGAGGAAAUAUAGAAAAUAUUAGAAUAAUAUGAUGAUUUAAAAAAAAUGAUGACAGAUAUAAAUUAAACCUAAUAAUAGUAUUUAACCAAGGCAUAACCAACAUCAGCAUCUUUAUUAGCUUAAUAAUAAGUAUUGUAAGACUAAAAGGAAUUAGAAAAGUGGAGAAUAAUAGAGUCAAUGACAUCAGUUCCUAGAAAGACAUUUUAUAAAACUCAAUAAUAAGAUUUAAUGGUUGAAGCUUAAUUUGGAGGCUAAGCACUUUCUAGAGGAGAUAUAGCAUUUUUGAGUCAAAAUGGAGUGAGAGAGUUAUUUAUUUAGCAUACAGAUUAUGUAGAAAAUGAUGAAAUAAAGCAAAAGUCACUUCAAUAUGAAUUAGCUGAUCAUAGAUAAGCAAUUACAGUUUUUAUAUAAUUACUUUCAUUUAAACCAAGAAUAACUAUGAAAUCAAAAGAUUUAGAACCAACAGUGUACCAUUAUUCAGAAGAAUCAAGAAUUCCUACUAGAUUAUUUAUGAUAGUCAAUUUUUAUGAUUUUCCAGAAUAUGUUACUGAACCUUUAAUUUAUGAGAAUGGAUUUGACAAAUCUUCUUAUACAAGAUGUUUGGAAUAAUCAAUACCAUUUCUUUUGAUAAGAGAAUAAUUUCUUAAGACAGGAGCUUCUUACAAAGAACCUGUAUUUAAAUUUGAAAUUGAGCCUUCUUCAAUUGGAUAUCCAAAAGCUUACAAGUAUUUUUGUGAAUAUUUGUUUAAUAAAUGCAUAACAAUAGAGAUAUGGGAUUAUGAUUCUAUGAUGAUAUUUGGAACUAUUAGAUUACCUUUGAGAUAAUUACUUAGAUAAGGUUAGGAUGCAUCUGUUGUAAUGAGGAAGGCUGAUGUAAUUGAUAAGGAGUUUAAGAAGAUUAAAGGAGAAUUAUAAGUAUUAAUUAAAUGUGUUGGAAAGGAAGAUAGAGUUACUGAGGCUUUGGAUAAUAACAGUUAGAUGAAAAGAAAGGUGAUUUCAACAAAAAGAGUUGAACCUUUGCAUAUUCUUGAGGAUGAGGAGAAAGAUCUAAUUAAGUAAGAUCCAAAUGAAAGAAUCAAAGAAAGGAUCAGAAGAAUAAGAAGAUAAGAAAUGCCUAAUAAUACAAAUAAUAAUAGUACUAAGACUCUUAUGGAAAUAACUAAGAGAAAAGAUUUAUCCAAAAAUGCCUUUGUUCAUUCAGUCAUAUAAAGCCAUUUAAGUGAUGAAAAAGUGAUAUAUCCAUUCUUUGGGAAAGUUGAAAUAAUUGAACUUGAAUUUAGGAAUCCUUAUGCAACAGGCUAGAACUUCGUUAUUUGUAUUGAUGAUUAAGAAGUUAAGUGUUCAGGAAUUUAAGAAAUUCAUUUAAUUCAUCAACCUGUAGAAUGGAAAUAUUAUGUCGAUUUGUACAAUCAUUCAAAACCUUAGGAAUUCAAUAUGAUAUAAGCAAAUAAUAAUAACUUUACUAUGUUUUUAACAGCUAAAGAAAAAGUCACACUUUUAUUUAAAUAUUAAACUUUUAGAGAAGUUAAUUAAGAAUUGACUGAAUUAUAAAAGACUGAAGAAUUGUUUACAAUCAAAGGCAAACAAUUUCUCAUUUAAAACAGUUAUCCAAGAUAAGUUGCUGUGUUUAUAAAUACAAUAGAAGGCCAAUGCGUUGGGGGAAUGAGAAUCAAAAUAUUUCCUCAUAAUAAUACUAUAGAUCAUGCUUAUAGAUUUUAUGAAAGAGAUAAUCGAUAAGUAUCCAUCUAAUUCCCAGCACUUUAUGGAUACACUGUACCAGCACCAGAUAAGAAACCUAUUUUAUUUUGCAAUAAUGAUUAAUUAGUUGUUGAAUGGGCUAAUGAUUUUGAAAUUAGAAUUAGUAUAAGAAUGCCUGAGGUUAAUAAAUAGACUGUUUUUUAUAUCUUAGCAUAUUAAGAUACUUAUUUCAAAGAGUUGAUAGCCAAUUGGUAAAUAAAACUUACAAGUUUAGCUGGGUAUUUUUAUUCAUUAUAUACUUUAUAUUAGUAUUGGAAUUGAAGUACCUUUAGGCCAAGUUCAAAACACAAAAUUAACUGUUCAUGUUGAAAUUUCUAGAUAGGUAAGAUUUUAUUCUUCUCAUCCUAUAUGUGUGUGGUUCCCUUAACCAUAUGACUAAUUGGUCAAUUUAUUACCAGGAAAAAUCAACAUUGCUAAUUUAUGUGUGAGAUUAUUCACUGAAUAGAUUCAUAAGGUUAUGGUGACUUGUGUUGAUGAAUAAAAUCAUGAAUUAGUCAGAGGAUGGAUUUUGAACAUUUCACCAACAGUUCCUCCUAUUAGUUAGGUCUUUGAUAUCUAAGCUGCAAGGGAUUAAAUGAAAACUUACAUUGUUAAAUACGCUAACAAAUAAAAUAAUGAAGUCCUCUUAAUUUUUAAAUCCUCCAAUACCUAAAUCUUAAAAGUAAUUAUUGAUCUAUCCCCUAGCUUGUUGAAACAAGAUAUCUAUUCAAAGCACAAUAGAUCUAAGAUAUCACAUUAUAAAUUCAUAGAGUUGGAGAAAUGGAAAAAGCUGAAGUUAAAGUGUUUAUUGGUGAUGAAGAUAGAUCAAGAGACACAUUUGAUUGUUUGUUAUUUAGAAUCACUUAUAUUUGA